ACAAAUACACUUAUCUUAAUCAACAGUCAGAGUUUGGAGUUAAAGUAGCAAUAUGUCUGACAACAACAUGACCAGCCUGGCAGACAAGUUACAGAACCUGGAGUUGUGCCUCAAGAGUCAGCAUGAACAAGUAGUCAUUUAUGAGGGGCACUGAGAGAAGCCAUUGUUCGUAUGGACCUCUUAAUUGAGGUAGAAGUCUUGAAAAGUCUUGGAGACCUGCAUCUUCAGAAAGGCAAGCUCAGUAAAGAUGCAAAAGAGUUUGACAUGGCUGCUGCCCUGUAUGCUGCUGCUCUUCUGCGCUGCAAGGAUCCAGACAUGGGACAAACACUGGAACAUCGUAUCGGUUAUAUGGAGAAACUCUCCAGACAACCGCUGCAGGGGUACACUCCACACUUUCGGUGGUUGUUACCAGACUACUGGGGCACUGCUGACAGUAAUGUCUUAAGAGUGGCAGAAACUUGUGACAAAUUAGACAGAAGUAACAAAAAAUCUCAACGUUCCACUGAGGAGACUUACACAGAAACAUUAGUGACCGCAAUUGAAAAUAGUGACAUGUUCUUGGAGGUUGAGAUUUUGAAAUCUCUUGGAGAUUUCUAUCUUGAGAAAGGCAAGAAAACCUCUGAUGUAUCCCAGUUCUCCAAGGCAGCUGCCAUGUACAAGAAAGCCCUGAGAAGUUGUGAGGAUCCUGAGACAAGACAGACUCUGGACCAUCGUGUCAGUUAUGCAGAGAAGAUCAGGGAAAUAGUGAAAAUGCACUCAACAUCAAAAGGAUCAAAAAUGAGCUUGAGAGAAAGACGACCACCCGUCGGACACCAGUUUGAGAACAUCAGAAAGCCUGACAUUACUCAGGACAUUCAACUCCAUCCAGACAUACCAAGUGAUGCUUCAGAAGAGAGUAAAGUCACAGACAUCAUUACCACAACACUGGGAGAUGAUGAAAGGUUGAGAACAUAUGAAGACCAUCUGCAGGAAGGUUCCAUUGCACUGCAGACAGGGGACCUGGACAGAGCAGAAAAAAGCUUUGCAGCUGCUCUCAAGUCUGUUCAUGUUAAAGGUCAACACAAUGCAGAGGCAGAGCCCCUGUACAGGUUGGGCAAAGUCUAUCUGAAGAGAGGAAUCCAGUCAAAAGAUGGAGGUGAUUUCACCAAGGCUGCAGCACUCUGUAAUGCAGCAUUGGUAAGAUCAAGGACAGAAGACAUACAGGGAGAAAUUCAGGCCAUAACCCAAUCAUUUGUUAAGCAUGUGCUGGAUAUUGAACAAAAGGGACACAUUGAUGAUACAGAGAAACAUAAAUUGAUGUUGAAUGAGGAUCGUGACUAUGCGAAGAGAGAAAUAAAAAGGAUCGAUGAGGAAAUAGAUCCUUACAGCCUUGAUGAAGAUGACCCUGAGCUAAGAGAAGUGGAAAAGAAGAGAGUGGAAGCAAUUAAGACACUGUUUGAGACAAUUGUUGACCAAAGAAAAACAUUCAUAGCUGGACUUAUAGAUGAAUGUAUAGUGGUUAUGGGCCCCCCUCCCUGUAAGUACGCCAUGAUAGGCCUGGGUUCACAAGCCACAGGGUUGGUAACUCCGUACUCUGAUCUUGAAUUUGCCAUUUUGAUAGAGGUGGAAACAGAUCAUAAUGCUAAGUAUUUCCGCAACCUCACACAUUAUCUCCACCUCAAAGUGAUCAAUCUGGGAGAAACCAUUCUCCCAGCCAUGGGGAUCAAGACUCUAAUUUCUUCUCAGGGGACUCAGUAGACAACUGGUACUAUGACUCUGUAACACCGCGUGGGUUUUCGUUUGAUGGAGCCAUGCCACAUGCAUGUAAGACUCCACUGGGCAGGGGUAGUAACAGUUCAGGUAGAAGCAAACUUAUCCACACACCAAGCAAUAUGACCAAGGUGCUUGAAGACGACAUAACGUUCCAUUUGAAGAAAGGCUACCACCUUGCUAGUAUCCUGGGAAAUGUGUCGCUGAUCACAGGAGAACAGUGUCUGGUCAAUGACCACUUGUCUCUUUGUACUCAGCAACUUCAAGUAAAUAAGGGGACAUUUCCUUUGGUAAUGGCAAAUACUAUACUUAAUGAGAAUGUGCAGACAUUUCAAAUCCAAGAUCUAACUGCCAGUCUGUUGAAUGUAAAGAAAGAAAUGUAUCGUUUUUCAAGCCUUGCAGUGUCGUGUUGGGCGCUACUUCAUAAAAUACAACCGUCCACAAUCUGGGAGACUAUCCAGGAGAUGAAAAACGGUGGGGUAAUCAAUGCUGAGAACGCACAUCAUUUGAUGGUGAUGGUCAGCAUCUCAGCAGAACUGAGGCUGCGGACAUACAUGAACAAUCAUGGUCAGGUGGAAAACAUGUCAGCCUUAUCAUCAAUAGCGAGAGAUACCGACAUUGGGGAAAAACUGAAGAAAGUAUUUUACUUCUCAAAUAGACAGCAGCUCAUGCGAUACUAUUACACGGCAAGGCCGUUAAAGAAAGUCAUCUUACAACUGAGCAAUAACCAGUCACAGAAAAAUCAUACCAUUUUGUUUGACAACUCUUCAGAACUGAAAGCAGAGGUGUACGAAAGUCUGUGUGAUUACCAAAGUUCUGCGACGUGCAAAGAAGAAACACUUCAGAAUAAAAUAUCAACAUAUGGUGAGAACACACCACACAUUGAUGUAGCCAAUGCACUCUCUGCCUUAGGUUACACAUGGGUGAAACUUGGUGAUGAUAGAAAGGCUGUUGGUUAUUUUGAGCAGUCACUACAGACGGUGCGCCAUAUCCAUGGUGAGGAUACUGUACAUCCUGACAUUGCUGACUCUUUGAAUAGCUUGGGUGCCGCCUGGAGUGACCUUGGUGAUCACAGAAAG